UCAUGGCGACUUUGACAUGUGUUUUGGGUCGGCUAGGAACACGGAAUCUUCAUUCUACUCUCAGGACUACAGUUCAUGAAGUGAGCCAGACAUCUGCACAGGUCACAUCAGUCAGGAAGCUCUAUACACCGUGUAAAAACUGUGGCCAUCUGCUGACUGCGCAGAAACCACGGUUUAACCAGAAAACUGUGUAUUACAAAAGUGUGCGAUGUUUUAAACAAAAGACCGAGCGAGGACAAGGUUUGACUUUGAGGAGUAAAGUACAAGAGCCCGUGAACAGGGAUGGAGGUCCGGCCAGCUUAGUUAGACCUUUUUUAUUCACAACAGCGGUAUGCUGUGGCAGUUUUAGCGGGGCCAUGAUCUGGCAGUACGAGACCAUGAGAUACCAUGCCAAGAAACUGUUCAAAGGAAUGCAGGCACAGAAAAAUGAGGCGUUCCAUGUCAGGAAGUUUGGAUUCAGAGAGCAUAUAGGUGGCAUGUGGAAUAAUUUCAGCAACGGACAGAAGAUGGUCUGCGGGAUUAUAGGACUGAACUUUCUUGUCUUCAUUAUGUGGAGAGUUCCGGCACUAGCACCCAUCAUGGAAAGAUAUUUCUGUUCCAGUCCUGUGUCAGGUGCUCCCUGUCUGUCCAUGGUACUGUCCAUGUUCAGCCAUGUUAACUUCUGGCAUCUGGCAGCUAACAUGUAUGUCCUCUGGUCCUUCUCCUCAGUGGGUCUGAAUUUACUCGGAAAGGAGCAGUUCUUAGCCCUUUAUCUUAGCGCCGGUACAUUCUCGUGUUUUACCAGUUAUGCCCUGAAAGUGGCCAGGCGGUCAUUCACACCCUCCCUGGGAGCGUCCGGGGCACUCAUGGCCGUCCUGGGUGCCGUCUGCCUUAGUUAUCCAGAUGCCCGAUUGGCCAUCGCAUUUAUAGGUGACCUUUUCCCCCACUCCUUCUCAGCAGAUAGCGCUAUGAAAGCUCUCAUCGCCUUUGACACAACAGGACUGGUCCUAGGAUGGAGGCUAUUUGACCAUGCCGCACAUUUAGGAGGCAUUUUAUUUGGAUUAUGGUACAUAAAAUUUGGAAGAGACUUGAUAUGGGGAAACCGAGAACCAGUCAUGGAGGCCUGGCAUAAGCUUCGUGGGAAACCUUGACUUGUUGGAAACCUUGAUUCGUGGGAAACCUUGAAUCGGGGAAACCAUGAUUCAUGGGAAACCUUGAUUCAUGGGAAACCUUGAAUCGGGGAAGCCAUGAUUCAUGAGAAACCUUGAUUCGUGGGAAGUCCUGAACAGUUUACAGUACAAAGCUGGAGGAGCAUACACAUCUUUAACCAUACUAGAACCUGUUGAAUAACAAUUUUUCUUAACAUGCAUAAAUUAACAUUUUUGAGCUUAUAAAAACUUACCUAAGAUAUGUACAGACAAUUAAA